UGCAGCACACCGUUCGACAGGGGUCCAAGCCUAAUACUUGUUUGAUCAGCAAUUUGUACGAUUAUCGUAAUAGGACCACUGGAUGGUAGGCGACAUGAGCCAGCCGACUUGCAGCGGGUGCGGAAUUCCCAUCCAAGAUCGGUUCCUUCUCAAGGUCAUGGAGCAGACGUGGCACGAGCAUUGUCUGCAGUGCUGCGUCUGCGGUGUGCAACUAUUCGGCAGCUGCUUCUAUAGGAAUGGACGCUUCUUCUGUCGACAUGACUAUCAGAGAAUGUUUGCGACCAAGUGCACGAACUGUGGAGAGGGCAUUUUGUCAUCUGAGCUUGUCAUGAGAGCAAGAGGUAGUGUGUACCACCUGCAUUGCUUCAACUGUUGUAUAUGUCGUCGCCAACUUCAGAAGGGAGAGGAAUACGUGCUUCACAACAACCAAUUAUUCUGCAAGCACGACUAUCACAAUAUCUCACAAAUUCAGGAAGCUAGUGAUCCAGGACCUGGGCCGGGGGCUCUACAUCAUCCACCUAUGCUUCAAGGAUCCUACUCGGAGUUCUUUCCUAUGCAGCAUACACAGUUACAUCCUAUGCCUCAACCUAGGCCAUCUUUCAGACGAGACCAGAUGCCAACGUUUGGAUUCCAAGCUCCAGCUCCCAAAAGACCUCGAACUAUACUCACAGCUACACAGAGACACCUCUUCAAGUCAAUCUUUGAGCAGAAUCCCAAGCCAUGUAGAAAAGUCAGAGAAAGACUCUCCCAAGACACAGGAUUGAGCGUUCGUGUAGUCCAAGUAUGGUUUCAAAACCAACGAGCUAAAGUAAAAAAGACCGAGAGAAAGAAAGAGGGACGGUCAGAAUCAGCAUCGUCGGUUCCCAGCGGAGCCGAAGGCUCCCCAGCCAAGUCAGACGACCCGAAACCCGAAGUCGUCAUGAGCUCUGAAGACAGUUCUGGUGAUCUGACGACGCAGGCGGACAGUCCGGUGUCUCUCCAGUUGCAGUCACCUCUGCAGGCGAUGAGCACAGCUUCACAGAGCGCGCCCGGCAUUAGCGAUGCUUCGAUCGCAAUGACAGGAGGCGUCUCUAUGCCUCAGCAGUCUGUCGGCGGUUUCCUAGCGGAGGCGAGUCGCGUAGAAGACACGAGAACUUCGCAUUCCGGCGACGAUCCCUUGCAAAUGCUCCACUCCAUGCAAUCACAUUACUUUGAUCGUUCUUGAGGUAUCGUUUAGAUUUAGACAGAAUUAUUUAGAAACAGCGGAAUUAUUGGUGCUACGAAUUAGAGAGCAGUUUUAUUUUCCAUUUCGGUCUGCAAAUACAUAUCUACAA